AUGUCUUCUAGUGAUCCUGAUGCGUCUUGGAACAUUCACGAAGUGCAGGAGGUUCAAUCUGCAACCGCACAUCCCGAGACUUAUACAUUGUCAAGUAAGAACAAUGUAUCGCAAAACGAGGGAGUUUUUCAUUCCCUAUCAGAUCUAAAUCAUCGGACAUCAACCCAUUCGCAACAGCAAACGUCUUCUUCUUUUAUACCUCGGGAUGAUGAUGAUACUGGUAAAAACUCGAUCCUUCAAAAUAAGCUUUCGGAAACCUCAGAGAAGGAAGCUUGGAUACCUGCAGAUGCAGCAGAGAGAGGAGAUAUUGAGAAUCAAGAUCCUUCUGGAAAAAUAUAUCCAAGAGUUAAUGAUCCUGAUGCUUUUAUUUAUACAAUUAACCCAGAUUCUCCACAUCUUGCUGUUAAUUGGCCCUUUUCUCGUAAACUAAGGACUACGGCUGUAUAUUCUUGGGCUGCGUUUUGUUCUACCUAUGCUUCAUCAGUUUUUUCCGGUCCUACAGAAGUUCUUCCUAAAUUGUAUCAUAUUGGCAUGACAGUCUCUCUUCUAGGUACUAGUUUGUUCAUUUGCGGUUACGGUUGUGGCCCAGUCGUCUGGGGUCCGCUGUCAGAGUUAUUUGGUAGAAAAUCACCUGUGGCUGUCGGUAUGUUUGGCUUUGCCAUUUUCAACAUUGCAGUGGCCGUUGCCAAAGAUAUCCAGACAAUCAUGAUUUGUCGAUUCUUUAGUGGUUUCUGUGCUAGUAGUCCUAUGGCAAUUGUCGCUGCUGCUUUCGCGGACAUGUAUUCCAACCGACAUCGGGGUACUGCUAUCACGAUCUUCGCUGCCCUAGUCUUCGGUGGCCCUUUACUAUCCCCGAUCAUCAGCGGAUUUAUUACGAAAUCUUAUUUGGGCUGGAGAUGGACCGAGUACAUUACUUCAUUCAUGGGAUUCUUUGCUGUUGUGAUUGUCGUCUUUUGUUGCGAAGAAACUUAUGCAAAGAAAAUUGUAGAGAACAGUGCUCAACUCUAUCGUUCGCGAAAUAACAACUACUUUGUGCAUGCCUUGACAGAGGAACAGACGCUAACUCCUCAAAGUGUACUCAAAAACUAUUUGUUGAUUCCUAUCAAGCUUUUAUUUACGGAGCCGAUUGUCUUCUUGGUUACACUCUAUUCUUCUUUUGUAUAUGGUAUUCUAUACUUGCUUUUGGAAGCAUAUCCAAUUAUUUUUUCUGAAAAACGCCAUUUCUCCAUGGGUGUUGCUGAACUCCCUUACAUUGGUUUGUUGGUGGGCGUGUUUAUUGGCAGCGGUAUCAAUAUUGCUUUUGAGCCUUGGUACUUUCGACAGGUGUUAAAGCUUGGUGGAAAGCCGUAUCCGGAGGGUCGUCUUCCACCCUUGAUUAUAGGUGCCUUCAUCUUUCCUGCUGGUAUAUUUUGGAUGGCAUGGUCAGGUAACUAUACACAUGUUCAUUGGGUCGUACCUAGUUUGUCUGGUUUGCUUACUGGAGCUGGAAUUUUGCUGAUUUUCUUGAAUUGUUUAAACUAUUUAAUUGAUGCUUAUUUGUUUCGCGCCGCCUCGGCGAUGGCUGCUAACACAAUGAUGCGUAGUUCUGUUGCUGCAGGAUUUCCUCUUUUUGCUAUUCAAAUGUUUCAUAACUUGGGUAUUGGCUGGGCUGGAUCUGUUUUAGGUUUCAUCGCUAUUGCCUUAAUCCCAGUUCCCAUCGUUUUCUACUUUUUUGGUAGAAAAAUUCGUUCUUGGAGUAAAAUGACCGUCGUGAUGUGA